CUCUCUCUCUCUCUCUCUCUCUGCCCCUCCCUGCCCCCCUCCUCUGUUCCGCGCGGCCCGCCUCCUGCUCUCGUUCCAUAACCCGACUUUUCGCCCGGGUUUCCGCCAUCCCGGCCCUCGCUUCACGCGCCAGUCUCCCCCCCCUCUCCCUCUACACGGCGCCAUCACCAUGGACCUCAUCCAAGCCUACAGCUCGGAUGACGAGCAGGCUCACGAUAGCGUCCCCACCACCAAGCGCGCUCAGGAGCAGGGCGUCGAUGGGCCCGCCUCCAAGCGCCGGGCUGCCGAAGCCGACGCUGUCACGCGCCCGGUCAACCUGACCCCGGCCGUGGCGGUGGCCGAGGCGGUGGCCGACAGCCUGGUGGCCAUGCGGAGCAUCAACCCCACGGACCAUGCGCCGAUCCUUGCCCUGGUGGCGGCCGAUCCUCAGGGGACAUCCAGCACGGAGAUCGAGCUGGCCGUCAAUCCGAAUGCCAAGUAUGCCAUCACGCCGUUCGGGUCGACAGCGGCGGCGGCUGGCGGCCCCGCGGCUGCCACCUCCACGAGAAACUCCUUCGCCGGCAAAAUCAGUCGCGAGGCCACGGAUCUUUUCCAGUUCGAGCGCCAGCGUCGGAGCUUCCUUGCCCACGGCUUUGCCCUGACACAGGCCGGAAGUGAGACAGUCAUCGUCGGUGACGCGGCGAAGGCCCUUGCCAGCGGAGGCGUUGACGCUACGGGCCGGCUCAACAACAAGACCGACGCAGCCUCGCGCCCAGUUCGCCCGAAGCGCAAGGAUCGUGGCGACGUUUUUGCCAAUCCACAUGCCUUCGAAGGCCCAUGGGCUGGGUACACCGGUGAGUUGGUGCACAUUGAUGCCGCCGAGCGUGAGGCCAUGGUGCAAAAGGAGCUGGAGGGCGUCAAGCCGUCGUACGUGCCCGUCCAGGCCCCAGCGGCGGCGGCGGUCGGCGGCGCCGCACCUGGCGCCGAGCGCACCAUUUUCCACGGCAAGGCCGAGCGCGAUUAUCAGGGUCGCCCGUGGACCUCUCUUCCCCUGGACACUGGGGUGGACUUUACCGGUGAGGGUCCGAGCAGCAUUUAUCUCCCGAAGAAGCUCAUCCACACUUGGUCCGGGCACACAGACCGCAUCAAUGCCAUCCGGCUCUUCCCCCAGAGCGGGCACCUUCUGCUGUCAGCCAGCAAUGACAGCAAGGUUAAGAUCUGGCAGGUGUAUGACGAUCGCCGCUGCAUGCGCACCUACCUUGGCCAUAGCAAGGCCGUGCGUGACAUCAAUUUCACAGCCGACGGCCGGCGCUUCUUGUCGGCCAGUUUCGACCGGACGGUCAAGAUCUGGGACACGGAGACCGGCGCAUGCUUGUCGUCCUACUCCAGCCCGAAGAUCCCCUUCUGCGCCACCUUCAAUCCCCGGAAUGAGGACGAGUUCCUGGUCGGGUCCGCUGAGAAGCGCAUUGUGCAGUACGAUUCACGCCUGGGCAAGAUCGUCCAGGAGUAUGACCAGCAUUUGGACUCGGUGAACACGUUGACCUUCGUCGAUGAGGGCCGGAGGUUCAUCUCCACCUCGGAUGACAAGUCCAUCCGUGUGUGGGACUACAACAUCCCGGUGGUGAUCAAGUUCAUCGCCGAUCCGUCGCUUUUCUCCAUCGCCGCGGUGUCCGUGCACCCGAACCGCAAGUGGUGGGCCGGCCAGUCGCUGGACAACCAAAUUAUGGUGUACUCCACGCGGGACCGCUUCCAGGCGCACCGGAGCAAGACCUUCCGCGGGCACAAUGUUGCUGGCUACGCCUGCCGGCCAGGCUUUUCCCCGGACGGGCGUUAUAUCAUGUCCGGCGAUGCCAAGGGCCAGCUUUGGUUCUGGGACUGGAAGACCUCCAAGAGUGUCAAGGUGCUCAAGUGCCACAACGAUACGUUGAUCGAUUGCGCCUGGCUGCCGCAUGAGACCAGUAAGGUGGUCACCUGCUCGUGGGAUUCCACCAUCAAGCUGUGGGAUUGAUGCGUGGCGUCCACCGGAGCGGGGCGUGGCCACAGACGCAUGUGUCUGCCCGCCAGCCGCCGACCGCGAAUCAUGCACACGCCCACGCAUGUACAUGCACGAGCAAACACAGACACGCAUGCAUGCAAUAUACGGCAUUAUUCUGCG